GAUCGAUCUCCUCGUGAUUAAUAUUAAAUAAAACGAAAAGUAAGAAAAAAAUAUGCCCAAUCCAAUGAGGUAAAAUCAACAACUUCGUACGCCCAUGUUGCUUAUUUCUUCGCUUUUCUCUCGGUACACCCUGUAGACAUUGUUAAUUGGUCAUCGUUGUUGCAGCUGACAGAGAUUACCAGGGGAUAUAUCGUUUGUACUACGGUACGUUGCAGCUUUUGCGGCGAACUCGCAUCGUUGACGACGAUCCUAUUGAAUGAGAAACGUGCGCGUGCACGAUGACACUUUGGCAGUGAUCGCAACCGGCGCCGCGCCACGACAUGGCGACCGUCAAAGUGACGGAGCAGAAGGUUAUACUGUGCGGCGAGUACGGCGUCGGCAAGACGUCGAUAUUCCGGCGCUUCGCCAACAACACUUUCGUCGCCAGCAGCGAUCGCAAGUCGACUCUGGGCCUCGACAACAUCGACAAGGAUUACGUCGUCGAGGACAGACGAAUACGCCUGCAGCUAUGGGACACUGGCGGCAUGGAAAGAGUGGCGUCUGUUACAUCAAGUUAUUACAAGUUUGCAGAAGCUGCCAUUUUGGUAUUUGCCCUGGAUAAUUCUACAUCGUUUCAUUUAUUAUCUCAACAUUUACUUGACAUAGUUACAUAUGCAGAGAAUGCAAAAAUAUUUCUUUGUGGAAACAAAAGUGACUUGGAGAGUGUUGCGCCGCAAGUCACAGAUGCAGAAAUGGAGCAAUUCUGCGAACAGUGUCACAAUCUGAUUUCGGGAAUAUACAAAACAUCGUGCAAAACUGGCGAAGGCGUGAACGAGAUGUUUGAGGACAUAGCGCAACAUCUAGUCGAAGCCAAUCGCUCGCGAAUGGAGCUUCACGAGAUGGAUAAGGAUCGAUUCAAAAUCUCAUACGUCGACGAAGCAGCUGAUCCAUCAUGUUUGUGCUAAUCUGUGAUUAAUACUCGCGAACAUGCAUCUCUUUAAGAAUCUCUCAAGAUUCAAUGCGAAUUGUAAAAGAAAUAUAAGGAGAAAUCGAGUGAAACCUUUUACAUCGAACAUGCGUUAUCACACGUGACUUUCCUAUGAGGGAAUGUCGCGUUCUGCGGAAAGAAGAGAAUUCAUGAACGAUACACGUACAUAUACGUACAUAUACACAAGUUGCGUGCCACGAUCGGAUCAGGUUUUAAGAUAUGCGAUGGCAAAAACUUUCUCGAAUGAAAAUUUAUUACACGCUGCGAAAUUAUAUCUUAAUCGACUAGGCUUGAUCUAUUAAAGAUCUACGAUCGAUAUUACAUUCUACAUUUCAUCAAUAUACAUAUUAUGUAUACUUAAGUUUAUAAAGAUUACACGAUAACAAAAGGCACUAGUGCUGACUCCAUUUGAUACUCUUCAAAUCGAUACCAUCCUGCACCAUUUCCCACAACGGACUGCAAAAGAACAAGGAUAUUAAAAUUUCGAUAUACGUCCUCGCGUACAUCGUCGUGGCUAAUAGAUAACGACAGAGAAAUCGGUACGAAACGUCCAACGAUAAAGUCGUUCCUUCCGUGAAACGAAAUUACACAAAUCGUUUCAAAUUGUUCAUGCCAAAGUAUAAUGUAUACAAAAGUCUAAAGUAGAUCUUCUCUAUCAUGUAUCACAUUCUUGAAAUAAAUAUUUGUACGAAAA